AUGGCGGUCGUCGAGGCUGGAGCGCGGGCCACGUUCGGAGCCUGGGAUUACGCGGUCUUCGCCCUCAUGCUGCUGGUGUCCACAGGCAUCGGGCUGUGGGUCGGGCUGGCGCGGGGCGGGCAGCGCAGCGCCGAGGACUUCUUCACCGGGGGCCGGCGCCUGGCCGCCCUGCCCGUCGGCCUCUCGCUGGCCGCCAGCUUCAUGUCGGCCGUACAGGUGCUGGGCGUGCCCGCCGAGGCCUACCGCUACGGCUUCAAGUUCCUCUGGAUGUGCCUGGGACAGUUGCUCAACUCCCUGCUCACCGCCCAGCUCUUCAUGCCCGUCUUCUACCGCCUGGGCCUCACCAGCACCUACCAGUACCUGGAGCUGCGCUUCAGCCGCGGUGUGCGGCUCUGCGGGACCCUGCAGUACCUGGUAGCCACAGUGCUGUAUACUGGCAUCGUGAUCUACGCCCCCGCGCUCAUCCUGAAUCAAGUGACUGGGUUGGACAUCUGGGCCUCGCUGCUGUCCACUGGAGCCAUCUGUACCUUCUACACGACUGUGGGCGGCAUGAAGGCUGUGGUCUGGACUGAUGUGUUCCAGGUCGUGGUGAUGCUAACUGGCUUCUGGGUUGUCCUGGCCCGCGGGAUCAUGCUGGUGGGUGGGCCCAGGCACAUGCUUGAGAUUGCCCAGAACCACUCCCGGAUGAACCUGAUGGACUUUGACCUGGACCCGCGGAGCCGCUACACAUUCUGGACUUUUCUGGUGGGUGGCACAUUGGUCUGGCUCUCAAUGUAUGGCGUGAACCAAGCACAGGUGCAGCGCUAUGUGGCCUGUCGCACAGAGAAGCAGGCCAAGCUGGCCUUGCUCAUCAACCAGCUGGGCCUGUUCCUGAUCGUGCUCAGCGCUGCUGGCUGUGGCAUCAUCAUGUUCACGAUCUAUGUAGACUGUGACCCUCUCCUUGCAGGGCGUAUCUCCGCCCCGGACCAGUACAUGCCCUUGCUGGUGCUGGACAUCUUCGAGGACCUGCCUGGAGUCCCUGGGCUCUUUCUGGCCUGUGCCUACAGUGGGACCCUCAGCACCGCGUCCACCAGCAUCAACGCCAUGGCUGCGGUCACCGUGGAGGACCUCAUCAAACCCCGGCUGCCCAGCCUCGCACCCCGGAGACUCGUAAUGGUCUCCAAGGGGCUCUCACUCAUCUAUGGCUCAGCCUGUCUCAUCGUGGCAGCUCUGUCCUCGCUGCUGGGGGGAGGCGUCCUCCAGGGCUCCUUCACCGUCAUGGGAGUCAUCAGCGGCCCCCUCCUUGGAGCCUUCAUCCUGGGGAUGUUUCUUCCCGCCUGCAACACGCUGGGCGUCCUCUCUGGGCUGGCCACCGGCUUGGCGCUCUCGCUGUGGGUGGCCAUCGGCGCCACUCUAUACCCGCCUAGCACCCAGUCCUUGGGAGUCCUGCCAUCAUCGGCUGCCGGCUGUGUUGUGCCCUCAGCCAACGCCUCUGGCCUCCUGGGCCAGCUCCUGGCCACCAACACCUCCAGCAGGAACCCCAGCCCUAAAAUGGACCUUGAUCGACCCGCCUUAGCUGACAGCUUCUAUGCCAUUUCCUAUCUUUACUAUGGAGCCCUGGGCACGCUGAGCACUGUUCUAUGUGGAGCCCUCGUCAGCUGCUUGACAGGCCCCACCAAGCGCAGUGCCUUGAGUCCUGGGCUGCUGUGGUGGGAUCUUGCACGGCAGACAGCAUCGGUGGCCCCCAAGGAAGAAGUGGCUACCUUGGAUGACAGCUUGGGGAAGGAUGCUGAGGAACUGCCCCCUGGAACCAAGAGGCCUCCUGACUUCCUGCCCACUGACGAGGACCACCUGCUCUUCCUGGGGCAGAAGGAGGUGAAUGGAGCUGGCUCCUGGACCCCCAGGAGUGCACAUGACCAUGGUCAGGACCUUCGGGAGACAGACCUCUGA